CCGGCCUCAAGCGAACUCCGAGAAUGUAAACAAGAGUAACACGUGCGUUUGGUUUCGAGUUCGGCGUAUUGCAACUCAGAAUCACAAAAUCAUAUUGCAGUGGAUCCCAGCACAUAAAGCAUAUAAGCUCUUACAGGACUUUUAAAAGCAUGGGGAAAAACAAACGGCGUAAGUCCUAUUACAUACAGUCGGCCAAAAGACAGAAGAGAAAGGAUUCUUGCUUAGGCCCUGACAUGAUGGGUUUUCUGUGCAUGUGUAAUGGCCAUGAAAGAGAAUGUGUUCAGGAGUCGUACAAUAUUCUCAAUGAGUUUGCAAAUGAUCUUUAUGGAAAAGAGGAGUGGCAAGCUCAAAAUACACCCAAAGAAGCAAGCAGUGACAAUAAAGACAGCGGAUAGUGAGAGUGAGGAAGAAGACCUUGAUAUUGAUGCUGCUAUUAAGGCUGAUGUCUCAGAGCUGCAGAAAGAUGGAGACAAGAAAGAGAGACGCCGAAGAAGGUUCCAGCAGGUUGAGUGUGCAGCCAAAAACUGCAUAUUUAUCAGCACAACCCUUGAAAACCCACUUGAACUCUCCAUGAAGAUCAUGGACAGCAUCCUUGAGACCCAGAAACAGCGUACUAAGAAGCUUCUCAGGAUGAUUCCGGUGCAAAAGACUUGCAAGGCAUUCCAGAAGGACAUAGAGAGUGCACUUGAGACCCUGGCCAAGUCAUACUUUGAGAAGGAGAGCAAGACCUACUGCAUAGUUUCUAAGAUCAGAAACAACAGCUUGAUCAAGCGUGAAGACUUGACCCAGUCUCUCAUUAGUGUGCUUCAGGGGGCCAAUUCAGAGAAUGCCCCGGACUUGAAAACUCCUGAUGUUGUUGUAAAUGUAGACGUGAUUAAGAAUGUAUGCUGCCUUAGUAUUUUGCCAGGGUAUUUUACUCCUUAUUGUAAAUAUAAUUUAGUGGGAAUAGCUAAUAAACACAAGGAGCAGGAAAAAGAACAAGGGGAAAAUGGUACAGAUAAAGCAAAAGAACCAGAGCCAAAGGUUGAGGAUGCUGCAGGAAGUGAAGAGGUUGAUAAUCAGGAAACAAGUAAAAGCAAGAGUCAGGAAAAUAGUGAGAAAGAUGCCACACCUGGAGAUGAUGAGAUGAAAGAAGCUUGAGGGUGAAAUGGAAGAGAAACCAAAGCUGAGUAAAGGAUUUUUCUGACAAAAAAUUUUGUAAUGUGUAAUUUUUUUCUUAUGCCAAUGCAAAUUAGGGUCAAGCCAAUUCCUAAACAUAUAAAAAAGAACUAUAAUUAGUUAACACUGUAUAAAUAUAUAUUGUAAAUCAUGUAAGAUUGGCAACCUUAUUGAACUACAGGCUUUGUUGUGUAUAGAAAAAUAAGAAAUGAUACACAAAGAAUAUGAUUCACAAAGCACAUUUUUUGGCAUUUUAAGGUGGGACUGAACUAUAGUUGAUAUACAAUUUUUUGUUAAUACCUUCAGCAUGUUUUAUCAAGUAUUUCAUGGUACAUUAUUUAAGGGAAUUAUUGCUAAAUGAGCAGGAGAAAAUAUUAAGGUUGCAUUUUUCUUCCUGGUUAAUGAAACUGAAUACAUCUAGAAAAACUAGCAUGUACAGUAUUUUUAUAGGGAAAAAAAGUUUGAUAUUCAUUUCAUUAUAUUCAUAUAUGUUAAAAGUAAUAUCUUUUUAAUUGUAUUUUUAUUUACCAAAACAUUUUAUUGACUGACUUUGAUGAAAAUGCCUGCUUUCUUAAUGGUUCAGUACAUGAGAGAUAUGUAACAAGAUCUAUACUUUUGGGAAACUGACAUUAUUAUUAAAAUCUUCAUAUACCAUGUAAAUUAAUGAAAUAAAAAUAGAUUAAAUGAU